CUCUUCUGCAUGAAACCCUAGUCUCCAUCGGCUUAAGAUUACAUUUUCAUCCACUGGUAGCCGAUCGCAGCCUUCCAGCGCCGUCGACUAGAUUUCUCAAGAUGUUUACGGCCCUGAAAAAGAUCCACAAGGACAAGGAUGUUGAACCUUCCGAGUUCGAAGAGACUGUUGCGCAGGCACUCUUUGAUUUGGAAAACACCAAUUCGGAGCUGAAAAGUGACCUGAAGGAUCUGUACAUUAAUUCAGCGCUUCAAGUUGAUGUUUCUGGAAACAGGAAGGCCGUUGUUAUCUAUGUUCCUUUUAGAUUGAGGAAGGCAUUCCGCAAGAUUCAGUUGAGGCUUGUUCGUGAGUUAGAGAAGAAGUUCAGUGGAAAGGACGUGAUUCUGAUUGCUAACCGAAGAAUCUUGAGACCUCCAAAGAAGGGCUCAGCAGCCCAAAGGCCUCGCACUCGUACUCUUACCUCUGUGCAUGAAGCAAUGCUAGAAGAUAUUGUUUUGCCUGCCGAGAUUGUUGGGAAACGAACCAGAUACAGAGUUGAUGGAUCAAAAAUCAUGAAGGUUUUCUUGGACCCUAAGGAGCGGAACAACACGGAGUACAAGUUGGAGAGUUUCUCUGCAGUUUACAGGAAGCUGUCUGGCAAAGAUGUUGCCUUUGAGUUCCCAAUAGUCGAGGCAUAAGAUCCUUAUCGAUUGUGACACCGUUUAGAUGCAUUUAGUUUUGAAUCCAUUCAAAUUUUUGAUGUUGAGAACUAGAAUCUGUUUUUAUUUAUAUGGUUUUUAAUUUGCGGAAGCGAAUUGUUUAUGGUGGUUUUAGUCUGGUAGGGUAUGAAUGUCUCUAUAUUUAUGACUUGUUAUGUUUAGUGCUAAA